AUGCAAAGGCCCAUUCCCACUCGCAAGCGACCCGCUCCCGGCGCCUCCCCGAUGGUGAACCAACAGACUUCAGCGGGGAACGGCAUGGGCUUGGCUCCGCACUCGCAGGAUGCGCAGUCGUACUCCAAUGAUCAAUUCAUGUCCAACUGGGCUGACCCCGCUGCCAUGAACGCCGUUCCUGGCUACACCGACCCCCCGCUCUACGACCCGAACGUCAUUGCGAGCCUCCAGAAUGGCAUGUCGUACACCAACGGCCAGCGGCUUCCCGCGGACCAGGCCGCGAACACCCAACUCGUCCGUCGCAGCAACAACCACCAGCUCACGUCGCGGGACUACGGCGGAUACAACCCGGUGGCUCAGAAUGCGUGGGAGAACGAAGAUGACGAAGAUCUGGAGGCGCAAGCUAUGAGGGCUCGCAAGGAAGCCCAGGCGAAAAGGAAGCAGAUUCCGCCGUUUGUGCAGAAGCUCAGCAGUUUUCUGGACAACUCGAAUCACACUACCCUCAUCCGGUGGUCUGACGACGGCAACUCGUUCAUCGUGCUUGACGAAGACGAAUUCGCCAAGACGCUAAUCCCCGAGCUCUUCAAACACAACAAUUACGCCUCGUUCGUGAGGCAGCUGAAUAUGUACGGUUUUCACAAGAAGGUCGGCCUGUCGGACAACUCCAUGAAGCAGGCCGAGCGCCGCGACAAAAAGACCCCAAGCGAAUACUUCAACAAGUAUUUCAAGCGCGGAAGGCCCGAGCUUCUUUGGCUCAUCCAGAAGCCGAAGAACCCCCAGUCAAACUCGAAGAGGAAGAGGGACGAUGACAAAAAGCACGACAGCGAUGACGACACGCGGAAAGAAGCAGACGGUGGCGGCGAAGGCUCGGCCAACGACAUGCAGCUCAUCUCCAAGGGCGACUACAGCACCAUGCGCAACGAGAUCCGGCAACUGCAGCAACAGCAGAAGCUGAUAUCCGGCAUCAUCCAGCAAAUGCGUCGUCAGAACGAGCAAUGGUAUCAGCAGGCCAGCCAAUUCCAGAAAAUGCACGAGCGCCACGAGAGUUCCAUCAACGCCAUUCUUACCUUCCUGGCGACCUUCUACAACCGGAGCCUUGAGGGUCAGAACGGCGGCGUCAACAUGAAUCUAACAGACAUGUUCCCUUCGUCGAUGUCUCAGAAUGGCCAGAAUCAGGGCAGCGUUGUAGACAUGGGCGACUUCCCAGAUGUGGAUAUGGCGUCAAAAAAAUCCCCGGGGCCCCGUCCCAACAAACGGCCUCUGGCCCUGCUGCCGCCUCCCAUGACAAGGGACGCCAGGUCUCCAAGCCCGCUUGUUGCGACUCAGAGCCCGGAAUCAUCGCACGCCGGCAUCGGUUCCAGGGGCCAUACGCGGUCACAGAGCUUCCAACCCCCGCAGCGGCAGCGGCAGCCAAGGCCGCGGAACCUGAGUACCAGCCCGCAAACGCCGGCUGAGCACAAUUUCACAUCGGCAGCUGCCAGCCCAGCCGUCAAAUCCGAGAAAUCUCCGGGAGUACAACUGCCAGACAACACGGAAGACAUGAUGUCAGUCAUCAACUCUGUCAACGCGAACUCCAACACGGCUGCAACGGGCCCGCAACUUGACUUUGGUGCAGCCCUGUCUCAUUUCCAAACGGCAGACGGCAACACGCCCCUGACCCAGCAGCAGCGUGAGGACAUGCUUUCCUUGAUGAACGCAGCCACUCCCGCACCUGACGGUGAACCCAAAGGUGGCAACAACGCGCUGAUUAACCCUCAGCCGCCGCCUAUGCCGACUCUUGAGCACUUUGGAGCUCAUCAAGAGCAGCUGGAUAUGCUUCAGCGCUUGCAGGAAGAGCAGGCGGCUCGCGUGCAGAACCUCUCGGACCGGCUAGCCCCCAUCAGCCCCGGGGGCUCGAUACCUGGGAUGACGUCUUUCCCCAACUACGGCAAUCAUCCGAAUGCCCCAUCCAGUGACUUUGACAUUGGCUCAUUCAUUCACACGGAUGGCGACAAUUACUUCACAGACACUGCUCCAGGCGCAACCGGCACGCAUGACGACCAUAUGGCAUCACUCCCCACCGACAGCGACUUUAAUUUUGAUUUCGGCAAUGUCGACAACAACAUGAGUUUCUCACCCGCAAAUCCCGGCCAUAGCCUGUUCGACAAUGACGGCGCGAGCGAUGGAGCGGAGAAUGGAGGGGGCCGCAUCGUAGAGAGUAUUUCCAGCAGCGGACCGAACAGCCCAGCCGAAAAUGGCGACAAAAGUGGUCUCAGCAAGCCGAGAUCUCCCCGUAAGAAGAGGAAGACUGGUUGA